AUGUACCUACCCAGUUCAAAAUGGUCUUGGGCCUUCCUACUCAUUACCCUUGUCCAAGCUGCCAUCAUUCUGGCAUUCGAAGCAUGGAUCUUCGCCGUCUUCCAGAUCGACAUCAACGACGCAGAGGUCGACGAGUCAAAGAAACGUCCUAUCCCAACCUUCCUUACCCUCUACAUUUUCGGCUUUGUCUACCAACUGGUCCUCGUCUGGGAUGGCUUGCGCCUCAAGAACACUAUUCAAAUCAUCGGUCUGGUCCUAUACAACGUCGGCUUGCUCGUUUACGGCGCCGUGCAGAUGGAGCAGAUCGAGGAUGUCGCAAGAGGCCUCGACGGUAAUACGCAGGAAGACAUCUGGUCCCGCACACGCCCAUUCUUGAUUGCCAUCCCCUGCAUCCUCGGCCUGGGGACAUUGGCCCUGGCUUUCGUUGCCUGGAAACUGUAUGAUGAGUUCGCCUGGACCAUCUACAAGCACAUCUCGGCCGAUCUGCGCAUGAAGCGACGAUACCUGACCUUCCAAAUCUAUAUCGCCCUCUUGAAGUUCGACUUCUUCUUCUUUCUCGGUUUCACGGUGCAAUUUGUGGUUAUUGUGGAGCGAUUCACCAUCGAGUUUUACCUUACAAUCGCCGCCAUUCCCGUCACCGUUGUCAUUUUGCUGCUGGCAGCCUUCUUCUGCCGCCGCGAGUCCCUGAUUGGAACCAUCGGGAUCAUUAUUCUCUAUUUCGGCGGUCUGACGUAUUUCAUCUUCAAGCUCGUGCGCAUGUAUUCGGACGGCUUCAGUGCCCCCUACGAGCCCGCCCGCAAGGAAUUGACUGCGUUCGCGGUUCUCACCAUCAUCCUCAUUCUCCUCACCAUCACCAACGCUUGUGUCUGCGCCCACAACUACGGCAAAGGCCUGCGUCCCUACAUUGUCAAACGGAAGCUUGUCCUUGAUGAGGAAAAGCCCACCAGCAGCAGCGCGUACGCACCGUACGCCACGGAAAUGCAGCCCGGCGCGGCCGGGAAGCUGCCUCAGCGCCCAACGGCGAGGAUGGAGAUUGACUAG